UUCCGGUUCCGUUGUGACGGGGUCUCCUGGCUGAGCUCCGGGACCUUUUGACCAACCCGAGAGGAGCGUUAGGGUGACCCCCUGGCUGACGGUAUGUUUCCGAGAAGAACGAGAGCAAGAAGACAGGGAGAAUCCCGAACUCGCCAGAGUAGGACCACGUGCCACUGAGACGAAGGACGGCCCUCCACCCCAGCUGCCAAAGCGGACGUGGGCUGUCGGCUGACCGCGCUCAGUGCGGUCCCUGGAUGCUCCCGCUGGCCAGCCGGGGAUUGUCGGCCCGGAGCCAGCUUUGUACCAGUGAGGUUCAGUCGCGUCUGCUGAGCGUCGUCGCCAGCUGGUGUCCGGGAUGCGCCGGUACAGAACCAAGGUGUGAAUGACAGAAGUGGUGCCGUCCAGCGCCCUCAGCGAGGUCAGCCUGCGCCUCCUCUGCCACGAUGACAUAGACACCGUGAAGCACUUGUGUGGCGACUGGUUCCCCAUUGAGUAUCCAGACUCAUGGUAUCGUGAUAUUACGUCCAACAAGAAGUUCUUUUCCCUUGCUGCCACCUACAGAGGCGCCAUCGUGGGAAUGAUAGUAGCUGAAAUUAAAAGCAGGACCAAAAUACACAAAGAGGAUGGAGAUAUUCUAGCCUCCAGCUUCUCCGUGGACACCCAGGUUGCAUACAUCCUCAGUCUUGGCGUUGUCAAAGAGUUCAGAAAGCAUGGCAUUGGGUCUCUCUUACUUGAAAGUUUAAAGGAUCACAUUUCAACCACCGCCCAGGACCACUGUAAAGCCAUUUAUCUGCACGUCCUCACCACCAACAACACAGCCAUCAGCUUCUACGAAAACAGAGACUUCAAGCAGCACCACUACCUGCCCUACUACUACUCCAUCCGCGGGGUCCUCAAGGACGGCUUCACCUACGUCCUCUACAUCAACGGUGGCCACCCUCCCUGGACAAUCUUAGACUACAUCCAGCACCUGGGCUCAGCGCUGGCCAACCUGAGCCCCUGCUCCAUCCCACACAGGAUCUACCGCCAGGCCCACAGCCUGCUCUGCAGCUUCCUGCCAUGGUCAGGCAUCUCCAGCAAGGGUGGCAUCGAGUACAGCCGUACCAUGUGAUGCCAGCUGGAUAGCCUCCACCAGUUCCUACCCCUCAGUACCCUACGGAGCCCUCCUUCCUAUCCUUCUGACCUCUGCUGUCUUCUGCAAGGAGCUGG